UGAGUGCGGAAGCUGCCGUGGUGUCUGUGGGAAGUGGUUAACAGUCUGGGAGCUGCCCCCGCUGGGGCGCGCCCCACGCGGCAGCGGAGGGCGGGGCGCGGGCGCGAGCGGAAACGCCUGCCGCUGCUCCAGGGACGGCGGAUAAGCCGAGGCGGCCGUGUGCGGUGGUUGGAACAGUGCUCUUCGUCUUGGUCUGGUUACUUCUAUAACUGCAUCUCUGAUUUGCUCAACAAAGCACAAUGUCUCGAUCACGACAACCCCCUCUUGUGACAGGCAUCUCUCCAAAUGAAGGAAUACCAUGGACAAAGGUCACAAUUAGAGGAGAAAACCUGGGGACUGGCCCAGCCGACCUCAUAGGUUUGACAAUUUGUGGACAUAAUUGCCUCCUGACGGCAGAAUGGAUGUCGGGGAGUAAAAUAGUAUGUCGAGUGGGACAAGCCAAAAAUGACAAAGGAGACAUUAUUGUCACAACCAAGUCGGGUGGCAAAGGAACCUCAACAGUCUCUUUCAAGUUACUCAAACCUGAAAAAAUAGGUAUUUUGGAUCAGUCUGCUGUGUGGGUUGAUGAAAUGAAUUAUUAUGACAUGCGUACUGACAGGAAUAAAGGAAUUCCUCCCUUGUCCCUACGUCCUGCUAAUCCGCUUGGCAUUGAGAUUGAAAAAAGUAAAUUUCCCCAGAAGGACUUAGAAAUGCUAUUCCCUGGAAUGAGUGCUGAUUUUACAAGUGAGAAUUUUUCAGCUGCCUGGUAUCUUAUAGAGAAUCACUCAACCACCAGUUUUGAACAGCUCAAAAUGGCAGUCACCAACCUGAAGAGACAGGCUAGUAAGAAGAGCGAAGGCAGUCUGGCGUAUGUGAAAGGGGGUCUUAGUACUUUCUUUGAAGCACAGGAUGCCCUCUCAGCCAUCCAUCAAAAACUAGAAGCGGAUGGAACGGAAAAAGUAGAAGGAUCCAUGACGCAAAAACUGGAGAAUGUUCUGAACAGAGCAAGUAAUACUGCGGACAUGUUAUUUCAAGAAGUAUUAGGUCGAAAGGACAAGGCAGAUUCCACUAGAAAUGCACUCAAUGUGCUUCAGCGAUUCAAGUUUCUUUUCAACCUUCCUCUAAAUAUUGAAAGGAAUAUUCAAAAGGGUGAUUAUGAUGUGGUUAUUAAUGAUUAUGAAAAGGCCAAGUCACUCUUUGGGAAAACGGAGGUGCAAGUUUUCAAGAAAUAUUAUGCUGAAGUAGAAACACGGAUUGAAGCUUUAAGAGAAUUACUUCUGGAUAAAUUGCUUGAGACGCCAUCGACCUUACAUGACCAAAAACGUUAUAUAAGGUACCUGUCCGACCUCCAUGCAUCGGGUGACCCUGCUUGGCAGUGCAUCGGGGCGCAGCACAGGUGGAUCCUCCAGCUCAUGCACAGCUGCAAAGAGGGCUACGUCCAAGACCUGAAAGGUACUCCAGGCCUUCACAGUCCCAUGAUGGAUCUGGAUAACGAUGUGCGUCCCUCAGUGUUGAGUCAUCUCAGUCAGACAGCAUCACUGAAGCGGGGCGGCAGCUUUCAGUCUGGUCGAGAUGAUACAUGGAGGUACAAGACUCCCCACCGGGUGGCAUUUGUUGAAAAAUUGACCAAGCUUGUUUUAAGUCAGCUGCCUAACUUCUGGAAACUCUGGAUUUCAUAUGUUAAUGGAAGCCUUUUCAGUGAGACUGCUGAGAAGUCAGGCCAGAUUGAAAGAUCAAAGAAUGUAAGGCAAAGACAAAAUGAUUUUAAGAAAAUGAUUCAGGAAGUGAUGCACUGUCUUGUGAAGCUGAUCCGUGGAGCCCUGCUCCCACUCAGCAUCCCGGAGGGCGGAGUGAGGCAGUAUGGAGGCUGGGAGGUAAAGUCUGAGCUCUCCGGACAGUGGCUGACUCAUGUCAUCCAGACCAUGAGGCUUACUUAUGAAUCGUUAACUGCCCUCGAAAUUCCUAAUGACAUGUUACAGACUAUCCAGGAUCUCAUUUUGGAUCUCCGAGUACGUUGUGUGAUGGUUACAUUGCAACACACAGCAGAAGAAGUAAAGAGAUUAGCUGAAAAGGAAGAUUGGAUUGUCGAUAAUGAAGGACUGACUUCUCUACCAUGUCAGUUUGAACAGUGCAUUAUACAUUCUCUCCAGUCACUUAAAGGUGUUCUAGAGUGCAAGCCUGGAGAAGCCAGUGUCUUUCAACAAUCUAAAACACAGGAGGAAGUUUGCCAACUAAGCAUCAAUAUCAUGCAGAUUUUUAUAUACUGUUUGGAACAAUUGAGCACCAAACCUGAUGCUGAUGUAGAUACUGCACAUCUUUCUGUUGACGUUUCUUCUCCUGAUUUGUUUGGAAGUAUCCAUGAAGACAUCAGUUUGACUUCGGAACAGCGACUUUUGAUAGUCCUGAGUAAUUGCUGCUACCUAGAACGUCACACCUUCCUAAAUAUAGCAGAACAUUUUGAAAAGCACAACUUCCAGGGAAUAGAAAAAAUAACGCAGGUUAGCGUGGCCUCACUGAAAGAAUUAGACCAAAGACUCUUUGAAAAUUACAUUGAACUGAAAGCAGAUCCCAUCGUUGGCUCCUUAGAACCUGGAAUUUAUGCAGGCUAUUUUGAUUGGAAAGACUGCCUGCCUCCAACAGGUGUCAGGAACUACUUAAAAGAAGCAUUGGUGAAUAUAAUUGCCGUGCAUGCAGAGGUGUUCACUAUUUCCAAAGAAUUGGUGCCUCGGGUUCUGUCCAAGGUGGUUGAAGCAGUUUCUGAAGAGCUAAGUCGACUGAUGCAGUGUGUUUCAUCCUUCAGCAAAAAUGGAGCAUUGCAGGCAAGGCUUGAAAUCUGUGCCUUGAGGGAUACUGUGGCUAUUCACCUGACGUCUGAAAGCAGGUCUAGUUUUAAACAGGCUUUGGAAGCCCUGCCUCAGCUCUCAAGUGGAGCAGAUAAAAAGUUCCUGGAAGAGCUGCUGAACAAGUUCAAGAGCAGCAUGCACUUGCAGCUCACCUGUUUCCAAGCUGCUGCUUCAACCAUGGUGAAAACAUAAAUACCUCCAAAAUAAGGGCAGUCCAAAGAUAACAAGUAAUAAAAUCAUUCACUUUCUUAAGUGUCCUAAAGGUAUUUGGUAUAUAAAGCAUUAGGUUUGCAAUUUCUUUCUCUCUCUCUUUUUUUUUCCCCAAAUUGGUAGCUUAGAAAGAUGUUGGUAUAUAUUUUAUUUCAACCAAAAUGACCUUAUUUGAAGUGGCCGAGCAGUAUUUGUUUUGCCACUCUUAUUACAGUAGGUCCUGGAUGCCACUGGCGUCUUCUUUCUGAAUGUCACCUGGUGAGUGCUGCAGGAGCAGUUACUUUGAGAUGGCCGAGAUGUACGCGGGAGCAUUCUCAGUGUUGCAAGCACUAGCCUUUUAGUGUCAGCAGCUUCCAAGACACACAGAGAGACUGAUAAGAGAUUUGGGAACUUCUGUAUAGACGUCUUUGGAGCUUUAACUGUCCUAAGCUGUACAGCUGCACUUCAAAACGAGUUCAUUCAAAUAGCUCUAAGUCUCCUAAGUCAAGUGGAUGUUUAGAAAAACUUGUGGUCUGCAUAGAAACAUUAUAUUUGGGGUAGAUUUUUUGUGGUGCAGAUGUCCAUGAAUUAAUUUUGCAUUUUGCUGCCUAAUUUUUAUUUUUCACAGUGCUAGACAUUCAGCACCUUUUCAGUGUAGCUUUUUUUGUCCCCUCACUGUUUCUUUGCUGUGUCACUCGGCAUCAGUGUGCUCCUGUCCCCUAGGAGCCCAUUGUUGUGUGUGAGGGCUCGGGCACCCGUGGGUGCUGUUGGAAACAGCUGCAGUCCUUGUGCUCCUCCAGAACAAUCCUGCCGCUGUUUCCCCUCUAGCAGUUUCUUUUCUCUCCACCACUUCUUACCCUUUGAAAUAUCUUGCUCAGUAGUUACAAGAAUGCUGCUCUGGCACGGUCUGUGUUUUCUGGGGGUUUGAAGAUGCUCCUCAGUCGCUAGGCUGUAGGAGCUGCUGGUGAACAUGUGUGCUGUCUGUCCUCCGGUGGCUGCUGGCUUCCUUUCCCAGAAUAGGUUCAGGGCACUGUGACCUUUUUCAGAGUCAGUUUCCCUAACUGACUUCAUCAGACCAUUUGCUUCAGAAAACUGAGCGAUUCUCUAUUUGUAGUCUCCUUGUCAGAGUUUUCAGAUUGUUCUGUGGGUAUCACAGAAUCUCCUUUUUCAAUGCUGAAAUUAAUAUCUUUACUAAUACAAGUAAUUUUAGAGUACAGUAUACACAGUAUCUGUUAUUUGAAAUAAGUCAGUGUUGUGUUUGUUCAUUUGGUGUAUAGGGGGAAAUCAUAGUAAGUGGAAGUGAAAGUUUGAUCUUUUACAAAUAUGCUUGAUAAAGCAUAUUAAGAAAUACGGAAUAUUGUCUCUUCUAAGCCAUUUAACCAUUGUAUCUAACAUGACUAUGAGCUAAGUUACAAACUGCAAUUCUGAAUGUUUGUGUUAUUUUAAAAAUCUAGUAUGGAGCAUUCAGCCAAUAAAAAAUGUAUCUUCAGCACAAGA